AGUCUCUCCCCGACUGAAGUCCCACUGAGCGGCUCUCAAACUUCAGUGUCGAGUCUGAAAGCGGAGAGCAGAGAGCCGACAGACAGGCAGAGUCGCAGCUAACCAACCUUUUUGGACCCGCAACAAAUGCGCAAACGGCCUCUUUGAAAUCUGCUUUUUAUCAAAGGUUACUAACGGUCGGUUUGGGGAUUUACACUCAGCUUUCGGUGUUUGAUUUUGAUGAUUUUCCUCCAUUGUUUUUUCGAAGUUUUCGACUGUCACGUCUUAGCUACGGACAUUUAUCUCGACUGUCUGUGGGAUUAAUCGUUUCAAUUCAACACUAAAUAAUUGAACUCUUAGCUACUUUCUGCGUAAGUCUGUUUUGGAGGGUGUUUUUUUUUCUAACGGAGCGAUAACGGUAAAGGCAACAUUUGGACCUGCCUUCGCCAUGGGGAAAUAGCGGGGGUCUCGCUCUCUAACCGACCCCGUGUUUUUUACCUUUUCAUGAUCAUUUUGUAAAAGACAGAGCUUAGUUUUUGACUAAAACAAUGAACAUGGAUGGUUGUCCGCUGAAGGUGGUGGUUUUUUUGUGGUGUCUGCUGGUGAUUUCUGGAUCCAGCUUUGAGAUAGGCUCCUACGACCUGGAGCGAGGCAGACCGGCCAAGUGCGAGCCCAUCGUGAUCCCCAUGUGCGAGGGGAUCGGCUACAACCUGACCCGGAUGCCCAACUUUAUGGACCACGACGACCAGAAGGAGGCUGCCAUCAAGCUGAAAGAGUUUGCCCCUCUGGUGGCUUAUGGCUGUGAUGUGCACCUCCGCUUCUUCCUCUGCUCCCUAUACGCCCCCAUGUGCACGGACAAAGUGUCGACCUCCAUCCCCGCCUGCAGACCCAUGUGUGAGCAGGCCAGGGAGAGGUGUGCCCCCAUCAUGAAGAAGUUCAGCUACACCUGGCCGGACUCGCUUGACUGCUCCAAGCUGCCCACCAGAAACGACCCCAACGCCUUGUGCAUGGAGGCCCCCGAGAACGAAACCAGGACAGAGGGCAAGAAAGGUGAAGGCAUGCUUCCGGUGCCCCCUCGCCCCAGGCAGCCAGGCACCAGCAGUGGUCGCUCUCCAGGCAGCAUGGGGUCCUGUGAAAACCCAGACAAGUUCCAGUUUGUGGAGAAGAGCCAGUCUUGUGCCCCACGCUGCUCCCCUGCUGUAGAUGUCUUCUGGUCCAGGCAGGACAAGGACUUUGCCUUCAUUUGGAUGGCAGUGUGGUCCAUCCUCUGCUUUGUCUCCACUGCCUUCACCGUCCUCACCUUUCUUUUGGAGCCUCACCGCUUCCAGUACCCUGAGCGCCCCAUAAUCUUCCUCUCCAUGUGUUAUAACGUCUACUCUGUGGCCUUCAUCAUCCGCUCAGUAGCAGGGGCUGAGAACAUCGCCUGUGACCGGGAGCACGGAGAACUGUACAUCAUCCAGGAAGGGCUGGAGUCAACAGGCUGCACCAUCGUCUUCCUCAUCCUCUACUACUUUGGCAUGGCCUCUUCUAUCUGGUGGGUCAUCCUCACCCUCACCUGGUUCCUGGCUGCAGGGAAGAAGUGGGGCCAUGAGGCUAUCGAAGCCCACAGCAACUACUUCCACAUGGCUGCGUGGGGCAUCCCGGCUCUGAAGACCAUCAUCAUCCUCACAAUGAGGAAGGUGGCUGGAGAUGAGCUGACAGGGCUGUGCUACGUGGGAAGCAUGGACUCCGGGGCGCUCACGGGCUUCGUCCUCAUCCCUCUGUCCUGCUACCUGAUCAUCGGCACAUCCUUCAUCCUCACAGGCUUCGUGGCUCUCUUUCACAUCCGGAAAGUGAUGAAGACGGAGGGCACCAACACAGAGAAGCUGGAGAAGCUCAUGGUGAAAAUCGGCAUCUACUCCAUCCUCUACACGGUGCCGGCCACCUGCGUCAUAGUCUGCUACUUCUACGAGAGGCUUAACAUGGACUACUGGAAGCUGAGGGGGCUGCAGAUGAAGUGCGGCUCAUUCAACGGUCUCAGCAGCGACUGCUCGCUGCAGACGUCUGUGCCCACGGUGGCCGUGUUCAUGCUGAAGAUCUUCAUGUCGCUGGUGGUCGGCAUCACCAGCGGCGUGUGGGUGUGGAGCUCUAAGACCCUGCAGACCUGGCAGGGCCUGUGCAGCCGGAAGCUGACAGACAGGACUAGAAGUAGAAAACCCUGCAGUGGCGUCAGCUGCGGCAGCACACACUGCCACUACAAAUCUCCUGCUGUGGUUCUGCACAUGGCCAAGACUGACCUGCACUCAGACAACCCCACACAUGUCUGAGAGGGAGCAUGACACACACACACACACACACACACACACACAGCCAAAUGCAACCACAUACAGUCACAAACACACCUAUGCCCUGAAUAAGGAGCUGCUAAAGACUUUGUAAGAAGAUGAGUGGUUGAAUUGAACAGUUGUCAGUUGCUGCUCUGCUGCUGCCGAGGGAUUCACAGGUACAGGUGUCACUAUGAGAAACUAUCUAUAAACAGUAUUCAAUGCAUAAAGGGAAAUGUUCAGUAUUGUUACCCAUAUUUUUCUGAUCCAUAGUGUUCUGUGCAGUAGACAUGCCCCAGUGUUUCAAAGCAAAAAAAAAGACUGUUAGGGGAGGUAUCAUGGGAAAUAUUGUCCUCCCUGAGAGUGGCAUGAUUAACUGUAUACAUCUGUAUAAAUGUUUUAUUUAUUGUAAAUAGAUUUAAUUUAAAGUUGUAUCUCAUCAGAUUUGUUGUUUAGAUGCAUUUAUUAAAGGUAAAGGGAAAUGAAGUGCCUUUUAUAAGAAUUCUGGUUCUGGCCUUUUUGGAGGAUAAUAAAUUUGUGAAAUUCAUGUUCAA